UGAGCAAGCAAUCAAUUCUCCGGAACAGCCUCCCCCGCAACGACUUCCGCUUCCGCUUCCUUGGAUAACCACACCACCUGCCCCGACCGCCCUCAGCCAUGGAGAAGGCGAUCGAUCGGCAGCGGGUCCUCCUGGCGCACCUCCUCCCCUCCGCCUCCGCCUCCGCCUCCUCCGCGCAGCCUCAGCUUGCGGCGUCGGCGUGCGCGGCCGGGGACAGCGCCGCCUACCAGAGGACCUCCUCCUUCGGGGACGAUGUCGUCGUCGUCGCUGCGUACCGGACGCCCAUAUGCAAGGCCAAGCGAGGAGGCUUCAAGGACACCUACCCAGAGGACCUCCUCACUGUUGUUCUCAAGGCUGUUCUGGACAACACUAGAAUCAAUCCAGCUGACAUUGGUGACAUUGUGGUUGGUACGGUGCUUGGUCCUGGUUCCCAGCGUGCAAUCGAGUGCAGGACGGCUGCGUUGUUUGCUGGAUUCCCUGAAACCGUUCCUGUUAGAACUGUCAACCGACAAUGUUCAUCUGGGCUUCAGGCAGUAGCCGACGUCGCGGCUGCUAUAAAGGCUGGUUACUAUGACAUAGGGAUUGGUGCUGGUUUGGAAUCCAUGUCCAUAAAUUCCAUGGGUUGGGAAGGGCAAGUUAACCCAAGAAUAACUGAACUCCAGAAAGCACAGGAUUGUCUUCUGCCCAUGGGAAUUACUUCUGAAAAUGUCGCCCAUCGAUAUGGUGUAACCAGGCAAGAGCAAGACCAGGCUGCUGCUGAGUCUCAUAGGAGAGCUGCUGCAGCCACGGCCUCUGGAAAAUUCAAGGAUGAGAUCGUCCCCGUGCCAACAAAGAUUGUUGAUCCUAAAACUGGAGAGGAGAAGAAAGUUGUGAUAUCAGUUGAUGAUGGGGUUAGGCCAGGGACCACAGCAUCUGGAUUGGCAAAACUUAAACCAGUUUUUAAAAAGGAUGGGACUACAACUGCAGGCAAUUCUAGUCAAGUGAGUGAUGGUGCUGGAGCUGUUCUUCUCAUGAAAAGAUCUGUGGCUCUGAAGAAAGGACUUCCUAUUCUUGGUGUUUUCAGGAGCUUUGCCGCUGUUGGAGUGGAUCCAGCUGUUAUGGGUGUUGGUCCUGCUGUGGCCAUUCCUGCUGCAGUGAAAUCUGCUGGCCUUGAGAUUGGAGACAUUGAUCUGUUUGAACUGAAUGAGGCCUUUGCCUCUCAAUUUGUUUAUUGCUGCAACAAGUUGGGCCUGGACCGUUCCAAAGUAAAUGUAAACGGAGGCGCGAUUGCCCUUGGACACCCACUGGGUGCAACAGGUGCCCGGUGUGUGGCUACUCUUCUAAAUGAAAUGAAGCGCCGGGGCAGAGACUGCAGAUUUGGCGUUGUCACCAUGUGUAUCGGAUCUGGAAUGGGGGCAGCAGCUGUGUUCGAGCGGGGAGAUGCUGUGGAUGGACUCUCCAACGUGAGGGACACCCAGACACAAAAUUUUCUGUCAAGGGAUGCAAAGUAGAGGUGCAGAAAAAUCAUCCAUCCGAGAGCAACAUAAGCCUGCUACAUUAGUACUAAUACGACAUCCGUAUAUUUUUUUCUUCACAAACACUACUCUGUAUACGACAAAUAAAAGGGCGUCAUGCAGUAUCCUCUUGUAGCCACCUAAGAUGCGAAAUCAGAAAAGAAAAGGGCCGGGUGUUGUAGACAGCUCAAUGUUCUGAGCUUGUUCUGUUAUUGCCUUUUGUCUCAGACUGAACAAACAGCAAAAAUCUUGCUCGUUGCCUUGUGUGUAUUUGAACCAGAAGGAUGAAGAGCGCCUUUGUGCACUGGGCUGAUUAAAAUUCCCAAUCUGCUGUUGAGA